UCGGUCACACGUUGAGGAAAGAGUAUACGGUGAUUAGCAAAAUUGUGAACAUGGCUGCUCGCUUGAUGAUGGCUUACAAAGAGACAAUUACCUGUGAUCGAGUUACAUUAUUGAUUAGUAAAUUCGACUUGGACUUUUUUAAACUGAGAGAAUACAUUCAUUUAAAAGGUGUUGCUUCACCUGGGCCAAUAUAUGAAUACAAAUACUUUGAUAGAAAGGAACAAAUAAACGAAUUUAUAUCUAAGUUUCCGAUUUUGGGAAGAGAUGAUGAAAUUUCCAUAUUUUUGGAGCAUUUGAAAGAAGCGAGGAAGAAAUACAGGGAAAUAAGCAGUUCUGAUAACACGAACAUUUUAAUCAUAAGAGGACCAGCUUUAAUAGGAAAGAAUCGGCUUUUAGAAGAAUACAUUUGGAUGACACCUAAGGAUUUACCUAUGAACAUACUCAUUCUCAACAAAGUUGAUAUAAAAGAUAUCUACUCUCCAAUCCAAUAUUUGUUCCUUCCCACAAUGGGUCUGAGCAGAAAUGCCACCACUUCAGAGAAGCAAAAUUGUUUGAAACAACGACUAAACGUACAGAAGUAUGGAGAACUUUUCUGGCACUUGAAUCCUGUUUUCCAUGUCGAAUUUCACAAACCCAAAUCUGCAACUGAACCAUCGUUUAUCGAAAAACGGAAAAUAAUCUUGGAUCUGAUUAUUAAACUCGCAUAUUCAAGUUUUAUAACAUUGUGGGUAAUACACUUGAGUCCACUGCGAUUUGUUCCUGAAGAAUCAUGGAGAAUCAUACUUGCCUUGAGCAAAUUGAACUUGUUUUUUCUAGUAGCUAGAAGCGACUCGACAGUUAUCCUGCGCCACGAAGAUAUAAAUAACGUGAAAUGUGUAGAACUUGAGCCCCUAGAUAAAUUAUACAUCGCUCCUAUGAUCUGUCAGUACCUAAAUGUGCGAGGAAUCAGCUUGGAACUGGAGAGGUUCAUACGGAACAAAUGCUCCGGCACUCCUGGUUAUUUACAAAAUUUGGUUUGUUCCUUAGUUCAAGCUAGAGAAGUGUUGAUAAAAUCUAUGUCUAGAAAGCAAGCCUACGAGCAAGGUCUUAUCAUGCCCGCCGAAUAUUUUUUCAGAAGACUCAUGCAACCAAAAAGAACCACAAUUGAAAUGCAGUGGAAAAUGUAUGACGACUGUUACAAGAAGAACACAAUCGAUGUUGAAACUAUGGGUAAUUAUCGUCUUAAAGAAACCUAUGAAUAUGCUCUCAUAAACGUGGUCGUAAUCAACAAUCUUCAAAAUUUACGCAUGUGGGAUAUGUAUGGUGAAGAACAGUAUAAAGCAAACUGUGAGAUGAUGCAGAUUUGUGAUUCAUUCAACGGCAAAGAACAAAUUAUUUCCAAAGUCGGUUCGGUCCUUAGUUAUCAGUUCACUCGUCAAGAGUUAGUAUAUGUAAUGCACUCAAACAACACCCUCGACGUCGCAGAAGCAAUUAAAUCACUGUUUGAAAAAAAAGUGCUGAGUUGUGCUCACGGUGACUUUCUAGAUGGUCACGGAUCUAGUUUCAAGAAACGGAUCCAAGGACCUGAUGAUUCGCAGGAGUUAAAAUGUGACUGUCGGGGAAUAAUUAUAGAAGACUGCAACCUGCAUCUCCCAAAGUACGCAUCCUGCGGCUAUAUGCAAUUCAGACACCACGAGUUCAGGAAGAUGUGCUACCAACUGUUGACAGAUAAACAACGCAAGGAGUUUCAUCAUAGAGCCAUCAGAUUCUUGCAGUUGGAAACCAGGAAAUGCAAGGCUUGUGGCCAAGGCUACCUAGCCGUUGGAUUUAUGAAGAAAGAGCGGCUGGUUAAGAAAAUUAAGAAGUCACGCAAAUUAAUACAUUCUCCUCUGCAUUCGUUGCGAAGCGUCGACUCCUCAUUCCCCGAAGAUCCUUUGGAGUACAUUCGGCCCAGCACAAAUCUGCCCAGAACUCUACACUCCAUCUAUUUGGAAACACUGCCAUUUGACAAAAAAUCAGUGUUGGUAGACUCUUCCAAAAGUGGAUCUUACGGAUCCAUUUUAACUGAUCUGGGAAUGCAAAAGGAGUUCCUACAACACACUUUUAGCGUGGUAAAGAAAAUAAAAAGAGACUCGAAAACUCAAAGUUUUUCUGAUUUUGAUUUUACCGAUUGCAAGUGUCAAGUAAUACUUAUUAGUAUGUAUUCAAAUUUGAUUUAUCACUACAAAGGUCUCGAAGACUUGCCGAAUAUUUUUGAAUCCAUGAUGCAAUAUGUCAAUAUGUGUUUAGAUUCUAAAAACGAAGUGGAAGUUGUUAACAUUCUUGCUGAAGCUAUGGAAUUGUUGGAAAACCCGAAUUUUGUAGGAGACCAACAGAAAUGGAUGGUAGAUUUGAAAAGGGGAAAACUUUAUACAUUCUAUGGCAGAUUAAGAAUGGAUGCGAACAAGUUGGAUGAAGCACACAACUAUUUCAUGAAAGCCUUGAAUUGUUAUGGGUUUCCGUUUCCAACUGAAAAUUCUAAAAUACGUUUUAACGUUUGGUGGCAAAACGUAAUUCAUUGGUACAGAUUACAUAUCUCCACAAACGUCAAUUGGUUUUACACAAUCGAUUCGAUUUUCAACGACGAUUUAUCCGAGUGUUUGCAACACUUGUCCGCCUUAUACUUAAAACACGGAGAUUAUCUCCGGGCAGAACUGGCAUCUAGUUGGGGCUUGAAUAGAGCACUUGACGCUCACCACAGCUUCAUCAAUUUAUGUAACGCCUACACACAUGAUCUGGGCAUUAGAUUAUGCCGCAAUAAGAAACGAACUAUUAACUGCCUUGAAAUUAAUGCUUUGCAAUUAACCAAGAUGAAGCGCAAUUUCGACAAACGCGAGCUUAAAGCUAUCGCCAACCUCCUUUCCUCCAUUAUGUGUAUCAGGAUAUUUUAUGGAAAUAUGACAAUGGCUUACGAGAUAGGUCACAUUGUAUGGAACAUAGCAAAGGCUACAAAUUCGAAGACGAUUAUAUUAAAAUCGCUACCUGUAUAUUUUUAUUCUUUGAUUAUAUUGAUGAAGUAUUCAGAGCUAUUUGAUUGUAUGAAUGACAUUUAUAUUUAUGCAAACGAAGAUACUGAUAAUACUGGAUUGUUUGAUUACUACACGGUUUGCCUGAUUUUACUUCUUGAAACUGGAUAUUCAACGGAAUCAGUGAAAGACUGUAUCACUUUUUCAAGGAGACAAUCCUUCAAUCUCACUUUAAGAGAUCCUAACAGUCGACAGAGAUUUUACGUUUUAAUUUGGAACUGGUUCGUAAGAAGAAAACUGUGGAGUGCCGCAAAAAUUUGGGAAGAAAAGACAUCAAAAUUUAAUAUAUCAAAGGCAGAGACAAGCAUUCACAGCCUGGUAACUUAUUACUAUAAGGUGGAGGCCUCCAUUUUGAUGUUGGUAAAUAAAAUGGAUAAACGCAAUAUAGUACGGGUUAAAGAACUGCGAGCCAAUAUUGAUGUUAUGCUGAAGAGACUUGAAAAUCGCUCUAAAACUGCCACAAUACUUAAAAUUAGGGCGAAAUAUUUAAGGAUUUACUAUAGGUUGGUUGUGGAGAAUAGUUUCAAGGCCUUAGACGAUAUGUCCAACUUGAAAGAGAUGUGUAUUGCUGCCAAAGGAGAGUUUCACCUCAACCGAUUCGUCCAAAACGAAAAAUUUUGGAUGAAUAAAUUAACUGCAUCCGAUGCGAAUGUGUGGUUUGAGAAGUGUGAUUUUGACAAAGUCCUUGACUACGGUGAUUUUGAAGAAGGCAAAACAGCCAUAUUUGUUGCACCACUUCCUUUAUAUGUUUAAUUAUUAUAAUUUCAAUUUAUGUUAUGUGUUAAUAAAUAAUACACGUAAUAUUAUAUUA